CGGCUGUGCCCGCCUCUCGCGGUGCUGGGAGAUGGCGGAGUUGGACAUUGGGCGGCACUGCCAGGUGGAACAGUGUCGGCAGCGAGAUUUUCUUCCAUUUGUAUGUGAUGGUUGUUCAGGAAUAUUUUGCCUUGAACACAGGAGCAGGGAGUCACAUAGCUGUCCUGAGGUAUGUACUAUACAAUGCAUUGGAUCUGCAGGUGCAGAACUGCAGAUACGGAGAGCUGACUGUAAAGUUAUACUUGGAUUUUUGACUGCGUGGAGGGUUACUGUAAUUGAGAGACUGAAGUCAGAUACACAUACAUCUUACCCAUGCUCAUUCAAGGACUGUGCUGAAAGAGAGCUUGUGCCAGUUAUGUGUCCUUAUUGUGAGAAGAAUUUUUGCCUGAGACAUCGUCAUCAGUCAGAUCAUGAAUGUGAAGAACUGGAAAUCCCUAAGUCUCGUAUGGCUGCCACUCAGAAACUUGUUAAAGACAUUAUUGAUUCCAAGAGAGGAGAGACAGCAAGUAAACGACGGAAAGGUGCAAAAAAUAGUGAAACAGCUGCAAAGGUAGCAUUGAUGAAAUUAAAGAUGCAUGCUAAUGGAGAUAAAUCAUUGCCACAGACGGAAAGAAUUUACUUUCAGGUUUUCUUACCUAAGGGGAGCAAAGAGAAGAGUAAGCCAAUGUUCUUUCGCCAGCAGUGGAGCAUUGGAAGGGUCAUAGACUUUGCAGCUUCUUUAGCCAGUCUUAAAAAUGACAAUAACAAAUUAACAUCUAAGAAAUUGAGAUUAUGUCACAGUACCUCAGGAGAAGCCUUACCUUUGGAUCAUAUUUUGGAAACCUGGAUUGCUAAGGAGGAUUGUCCUUUAUACAAUGGUGGAAGUAUUAUCUUGGAAUAUCUGAAUGAUGAAGAACAGUUUUUAACCAAUGUUGAUUCUUACUUGGAAUAGUCAUUCAGGGAGUCAAGCUAGAAAUCAUGAGGAAAAUUCAUUGUUAAUCAAAUUCUUCUACUACAAAUACUAUGUAUUUUUUAUUUUUAAAACUUGCUUUUUAUUUCAUAUUAUGUCAUAAUUUACAUUAUCAGUCUUCUAUUAAAUUGGAUUUGAAUUUUUGUGUUUUCAGGUUUAACUAUGAACUGACAUUUAGCAAAUUCUCUUAUCUAAUUAACUUUUAUUAGGUUAUGCUAUAAUAACAACAACAAAGAUAUAUUUCUCAUUUGGUUAAUGUCGGCUUUGAUUGGCUGUGACUCUGCUCCAUGUUGUCUUUACUCCACAAUCUAAUAUGAAGGAAUGACCCCUUUUGGGGACAUUGCCAUUCUUAUGGCAGAAGAAAGAGAUGGCUCUUAGAAGAUAACAUGUAUCACUUUUGCUUUACGCAAGACACAUGACCAAGCCUACCAUCAUGGAGCCUUAGUAUCCACCUACAUCAUGAUGUAUAAAUUGAUGUGUAUACAUGAAUCAUAGAAACUUAGAGGUCAUCUCACUCACUCUUCAAAGUUUGUGGAUGAGGAGUCUCAGACCUAGGAAGGGAAAAUUAUUUUCUUGUUGUCACCUAAGUGCUUUGGGGCAUAUCUCUGAUUUAAAAACUCCCUCCAGUAGGAUUCACCAUUUUAUCUGUAUCAUAUAGUACAGAUAAGAAGAAAGAUGGGAUAGCUAAACUACAUUACAAGUCCUUUAUAUAUAUACCAAAGCAAAACACAUGCCAAAAGUAACUACAUUUUACCAACACAUUAAAAUUAAUGCUCCUGACUGAUGUAUUCUAUCUAUACUCAGCAAAGUACUACUAUAUAGAAGAAAUAGAAGUUAUUUCUGUUUGUUAUUUGUCCCUUUCCUACUUUGCGAUAGACAGGGAUAGUGGCUUUAGGUUUAAUUAAAGGAAUAAACUCACAGUGUUUAUUUCAUCUCUAAUUCUUUCUUCAUAUUAUUUUCAUGCAGUGAAUGGAGAUAACUUCUGACUUCUAUCAGCUGCUUAUACAUUCAUUUAUUAACCUAGUUAUUCAAGUACCUACUAAAUGUAAGGAUUUGAUUCUAACUGCCGUGGUGGAUGCAAUGAAGAGAUGUAUACGUACUUAAAACUAUAAUACAAAGCAGCGUGGCAAGUGCCAAAGAAUAUAUAGUAAGUAUAGCUAUGUUCUAAUAGCUCUUUUAUCAGAAACCAUAAGACCAGAAGUAGAAAUAAUAUUUAAAUAUAUUCCCAGAUACCAGACAGUUUUAAUACAAAUACCUUAGCAUCUGCAUAAUUACUUGCACAGGGUAGAUGACCAACACAUGUCCCAUGAAUUGAACUGAAGCUAAAUAUACCGGAAAAAAUACCAAUGCGGGUUGAAAAGAAGGGAAGUAAGGCGAGCAGAGAUUGAGCUACACUUGAGACUAAAGAAGAGGUCCUGUCAAUGAUUAGAAAAGAGACAAAGCAGCAUGGAGGGAAGGACUUAUGUCAUCUGGUCCCAGAUAGUGGAGCAAACUAGUCUGUAAGAGACACAGGUGCCAGCAUUCUUGGAGGCUCUAUGGACGGGAGAUCCGGCCUGAGAAGUCUCCUAAAGAGAACAAGAUUGUGGGCACGAGAGGAAGUCCCCCCAGUGUCUCGUUUCCAAAUUAACUCUGAAAUCAGACAUCUUUCUCAGGCUUUCUUUUAGGGCUUUCAGUUGAGUCCGCUUAAUAUAAUUCUAGGGUUGGCUGUCCCCACCCCUCCUUAGACUCUUUCUACCUGCUCACAGGCGACUAGAAUUACAAGCAGAAAACCCACAAGUAGAAAAAUGUUUUAAAUUCAGAUAAAUAUCUAACUACAGUAUGAUACAAAUGAGCUUAAGCUUCAUAUAAUCAGCCAGUAAAUACACAUGAAUAAUAAAUUACUAGAUUUUUCCCAGAUUUGUCAGAUUUUAUUCCAGGCAGUUUUCAGAUAAGAAGUCUUGGAGAACCUGAAGAAGGGUAAAGGCUACAGAUGGAAGGAUCUGAGGAAAGUAAAAUUUACAUUCCUCACCUCUUUGACCUGGGUGACAAAAAUUGUGAAUUAAGAUAUUUGGUCACAUAACUGUAAAGAUAGCUUUGGUUUCAUAAAGUUCUUGUCUUAUGUUUGUUUUUUGUCUUUUUAAACCAGGGAAGUUCUCUGGGAACUUAACUGAAAUAUCACAGAAGCGUUAGUUCCAGUCCCUAUUUUCAACAUUGGUAUAGUGUAUUUUGUUUUUCUCAGUGUGGUACAUGGAAAUAAAAUUGAUGGACUAUAAAGUCUAUUGUAUUUGAAAGAUUAACCUACAUAAGUCAAAAUUUCAAAAACUUGUAAAAAUAUCCAAUAAAAAUUGCUUUGACAAUUUUUGAGGAGCAAACAUCUUAUGAUCUAAAAUACUUAAUGUGUAACUGCCAUUGUUGCAUCUGACACAGAUUGUGUCAUGAUUACAGGAAGGAUCUGCUGAAAUGAUUAUAUUAUCAGAGACUACUAGAUCUGUAGGCUCAGUAGUAGAUAACUGUAGUGGGGUUUUUUUGUUGUUGUUGUUUUUUUUUUUUUUUUUCUUUUUCUGCUUAGCAUCAGAAGCCCCUCCUCUUGUUUGGGAAACAGAAAGCAUUUGUGAAUCUGUGGGUUGAAGUUCAAAAAGCCUGACUCUUUUCCUUAUUCCUUCCUUAUUCCAAGACAGGCAUAUGACCUAAGUUGGGUCAAUUGAAUAUCCUUGCCAUAGCUGUGAGUAAGGAGUCGUGUUACUAGGAAGGAAUAAAAGAUUCGAAUUAGUCAGUGGGCUUCGAUUGCCCCAUUGUGUCAGGGUCCAAGUGUCCAGCAGCAGUGGUCCCUUAACCAGGCUGUACCUUUGGCUGUGGAUCUGGCUAUGUGCUCUCCCUAGGUUGCCAAGCUAUCUGGUAACCAUCCAGGAAUUUUUUUUUCUACCUAAGGACACCACAAACCGUUUCAGUUUUUGCCUAACUGAUACCAUCACUGUUUAGAGUCAUGGGAAAACCCUAACUAGCCUAAGGAUGCUGCAAGGCCAAUGUAUGGGCUCUGCAGUUUCCUAAGUAAUGAU